UGAAAAAUAUGGAAUUUUAGUCAGAAAAGACGUUAUAAUCGGGCACUUCCACUUCCAAAGACUUCCAAGCACUUCAUUUUCAACCGUACACCACUUCCAACCCUAAUAUCUCCCCCUUGCUCAGACCAGAAGUGCCAGGAAUGCUCUCUUGAAUCUCAAGAAUUCCAAGUGUUUGUAGUACAUUUGAUAUUCAGAAUCAUUCUUCCAAGCAAGGAGGAAUCGUUUUGUGGUAUCCCAUGCAAUCUUCCUCUUCUUUUGAGUGCAAAACAGCUUGGGAGAUGACUUGGUCAUCAGUUACUUUCGGUUGCCAAGCUCUGGACAAUUUGCUAGAAGGAGGCAUUCCCAGUCGUGGGAUCACUGAGAUCUAUGGGGAAUCAGCUUCUGGGAAGUCCCAGAUAUGCAUGCAGCUGGCUGUGGCAGCUCAAUUGCCUCUAGACAGAGGAGGAACAGGCAGAGGAGUUGUCUAUUUCACAACAACCGGAGGAGUAUUCCCAUCUCAACGACUCUUUCAAAUCAUCGAGACUUUUAAGGAACGCCAUCGAGAUCUUCAGAUAGACUACAUGAGUAACAUCUUCAUCCAGAGCCAAUUGGAUCUGCCUAGUUUCCUCAGCUGCCUCAGAGAGAAACUCCCGGCAUUCCUCCAGAGCCACAAGAUUGGCCUGGUCAUUGUGGACUCUUUGGGAAUCUUCCGUACGGAGACGAACGCAGUGGCUCGAAGUAAAAACUUGAGAGUGGAUUUUGGGCAGCAAUUGAAGAAACUGGCAGAUUUGCACGAUUUUGCCAUUGUCUGCGUCAAUGAAGUGGUUUCAGUACCCAAUCAUGAGACUACCAUUCCCAGUCUAGGCGUCUCCUGGUCCAAUAUCGUCACCACCAGACUCAGAGUGGCCAGAAGCCACAAAACGACAAGAGAUGGAAAUGUCGUCAGGAUAAUGUCGAUUGAUCACUCUGGGACUUUACCUCGAAUAAUUGGGGAUGCUGCUGAAUUUGUCGUGACUGGUAAAGGGAUUUGCGAUAUUUAUUGAGGGCAGCAUCGUUUUAACAGAUGUUCAUUGAUGUUACCUGGAACUAGGCCUUCAAUCAAUAACAAAGCCCAUAAGAAUUGUAUUGAUAUCAAUUUUUAUUCAAAGAAAUUGUGAAUUAUAAUGGUUUUUUUAUGAUAUAUA